AUGUCGGAUGGCAAUUUGAUUACCAAGAUGCUUGCUGACGCUGCGGCGGAGGCUGAAAAGGAAAAACAGCAGCGGCAGGAAGUCAAUGAGGUGCCUGCUCGAACUGACGAGAGUGCAUCUCCGAAGGAAGCCAGACAGCCUUCUACCAAGCAGCAUGUGUACUCUCCAGAAUUUUUACUAUCGUUGAAGGAAUCGCCUUUAUGUGCAGACGUUUCCCAUUUGAACCUGCCAAAUAAUCAGCAUGAGUUUUUCCUUUUGGACCAGCCAAAACGUACCGCGUAUGUGAAUCACAAUAACCACAAAUACCCAAAUCAGCGUGGCAGAAAAGACAGAAAGAAGGAUACAAGAAAGACAGCCAGGGAUACAGAGGAACCACCAGAAUGGGUGCUGAAGUCAGAUGCAAUCACAGGAAACUCUAUCCAGGAUUUUGAGCUAUGGAGACUUAAGAUGCGGAUAGAAACUUUCAGACGGAGCGGCGAGCCUGUUCCCGAGGAGGACGUCAACCAAUACGAGUACUUGAAGGCCCAAAAGGCUGAGAUUGCGGUGGCAGCUGAAAAGUCGAGCCAAAGUGUUCAAAAGCCAGCCACCAGGCCUGAAUUCGACUUCCAUGAACCAACUCAAGAACCUGCAACGAACCCAGACACUCUCGCCACGUCAAAUUCGGGCUCGUCCAGAUUUUCAAGUUUCUUUGGUCCUGAACAGACCAACAAACAGCCUCAACAAAGCCAGACCAAAGACGAGUCCAAAUUGCUCUCGUUACUUCAAAACUCUGGACAGCAGGUGCCACAAGCACAACCAAUGCCCCAGGCAAUGCGUCAGGUGCCUAUGCCACCAGGACUAACCCCUGCCCCUGCCAUGGGACCUAUGGGGCCCAUGGGGCCGCUCCCACCAAUGGGGGCCAUGCCUCUUAUGGGCCACCCUCCAUCUUCGAACGCUGACAUGUUUUUCAACUCUCUGUUGUCCAAGGCCCCGGCUCCCGGACCUGCUCCGUUCUUGCCUCCAGGGCUUUUUCUACCAUUUUCAGAAAAAAAGUGA